AUGGAAAGACUAGCGCAAAGUAAGGAGGACGAGAUAGAAUUAAAGCUAGUGCAACUAAUGAUGAAAGACACUUCUACUAUGAGCGAUAGUCAACGAGAUAUUCAUGAAAAAUAUUGUAAUAAGAUGAAAAAAAUGGAAUAUGCCCUUGGAAAUCAUGAUGAAUAUUUCCGAAUGAGGGUCGAUGCAACUGGUAAAAUGGGUCUUUCACCAUUGCAGAAAUGUACAUCUGCUAUUCGUAUGUUGGCGUAUGGGUCUGCUGCUGACAUUGUAGACAAAUAUGGCGUGAAUGCUAUAUUUGGGGCUAAGUAUUUGAGAAAGCAUAACAACACUGAUGUUGAACAUCUUUUACAAAUGGGAGAGUCACGUGGCUUUCCAGGUAGGUUGGGUUCCAUUGAUUGUAUGCAUUGGGAAUGGAAAAAUUGUCCUGUUGCAUGGAAAGGACAGUUUUAUCGAGGUGAUCAUGGUUCAAACAAUGACAUUAAUGUGCUAAACCAAUCCAACGUGUUUAACGAUAUUUUGGAAGGACAUGCUCCCAAUAUGCAAUAUACAUUCAAUGGGACACCAUAUAAUAUGGGGUAUUAUUUAGCAUAUGGUAUAUAUCCUGAGUGGGCUACAUUUGUCAAGACCAUUUCAAUGCCACAAGGAGAAAAGAAAAAGUUAUUUGCUCAACAUCAAGAAUCAGCUAGAAAAGAUGUGGAGCGGGCAUUUGGAGUGCUUCAAUCUCGAUUUGCAAUUAUACGUGGCCCAGGACGUGCACACCCUCAAGCAUACCAUAUAUGCAUGCAUCAUAUUGUACAACAUGAUUGUGGAAGACGAACGACAUACAUAUGGAGAUCCGGAAUCAGCAACAACACAACAUCACCGCCACAAGACAGCCCUCCGAAGCCGGCGACGCUGCUCCGAUCCUCCACAAAUCCGACAAAGCCACCGCAAGAACGCCACAGAUUCGCUCGCUGCACAGCCACGCAUUUCGCCGUCUCGGAUAGAUCUGCCCCCGCCUACAGCCACGGACCGGAGCAGCAAUUACUGUGA